AUGAGUUUUUUCAAACAUUCAAAACAUGAUAUCACGGCUUCUGUUGCCGAAUUUCUUGGAACUGCUUACUUUAUUUUUAUGGGUGUUGGGGGCGCAGUAAGCAUCCAGACCGUUACAUCGCAAGGAGAUGGAACAUUGAAUGUUCUUGCUAUCCCAUUCGCUUUUGGUUUUUCACUUUGCGUUAAUAUAUAUAUUUGGGGGAGUGUCUCUGGAGCAGCGCUAAAUCCAGCCGUUACGAUAGGUUUAAUAGCUUCACAAAAUAUAUCACUCAUACGAGGCAUCAUGUAUAUAGUAGCUCAAUUUUUAGGAGGUCUAGUGGGAGCCUAUUUUAUUAGUUUGGUUCAACCAAAGGCUUUCGUUAACGGGGCUGCCAUAAAUGCAGUAACCGAUCUCGGUCUAGGAAUUUCAACGGCCCAAGGAUUAUUUUUGGAAAUGUUUACGACAUCAGUAUUGACAAUGGCUGUUUUUAUGAUGGCAGUUGAAAAGCCAGAGCCUAGAAAAGGCAAUAUCAUGGCAGCGUUUGUUAUUGGAAUGUCUUUAUUCAUUUCAGCCAUAUGUGCUGGUCCAUAUACUGGUGCUUCCUUAAAUCCUGCUAGAACUUUCGGUCCUUCCGUUGUCGCUGGUAAAUUUGGUCCGAAUCAUUGGAUUUAUUAUGUUGGUCCCACUUUAGGUAGUUUAUUAGCUGCUGCUUUUUGGAAGUUAUUGACGAUGGCAAAGUACAGGAAGGCUACUGGCGAUGUUGCAGCUUUUAUUGAAAAUGAUGAAAAAGAUAAUCUUCCUACAUGUACAUGUGGAAAUUCAAAAUCGGAAAAUCAAACCAAACAGGAAAACACAUUACCGUAUUAA